AUGACCGAGCACUCGGCACACAGCAUUCCAUCCCAACACAGCAUAGUUGGCCUGGAUAAUUCCAGUCCCCAGCUGGAAGAGCUACCGCUAGAGUUGACAAGGUCCAGCCAGACUAUCCACCAGUCCAGACCCUCAACAAAGCCUUCCAGCCUCAAGAGUCAUUCGGGAUUCAACAUUGAAGAUCUGAUUGGAUCACCCAAACCGUGA